CGUCGGGCGUCGUCGGACCCGUGAACAGUUGAACGCUCGCAGACUCAAAGUCCAACGAAGAUGGAAAGGAAUCUUCUACUGCUGUUCGAUCGGCCUCACGAACCAGUUUACGUGCCGAAAGGCGAGCAAAAAGUCAGCUUCGAGAUACCAGCGGAUUAUCUGCCGGAAAAGUACCAGCCGAUCGGUCACCACAUUCUGACAAGGUUCGGCGGCGACGCCCAGUCCUCGGUACCCAUCAAGCAAAUCGCCAUUCCCGAUUUGAGCGUGCCGUUGUCGCUCAGCCGUCGCGAUGGCUUCUCGCUAUUCCUCUCGUCUCAUCGAAAAAUGGCAGCCCGACUCACCGAACUGUUCAUGACUGUGGGCAGCGUGGAAGAGCUGCUCUCACUGGCAGUGUACUGUCGCGAUCGCAUGAACGCAGGGAUGUUCGUCUACUCGUUGUCCGUGGCUAUGCUGCAUCGGCCGGACACGAAGCAUCUCCCAAUACCCCAGCUGGCGGAGGUUUUCCCCGACAAAUACAUGGACAGCUCGAUAUUUCACGUGGCCAAAGAGGAAGCCAACGUCGUGCCGUCCGGCUCUCGCAGUCCAAUUGAGAUCCCCCUGAACUACACGGCGACGGACGCCGACGCGGAGCAUCGCGUGGCCUACUGGCGCGAAGACAUCGGCAUCAAUCUCCAUCACUGGCACUGGCAUCUGGUCUACCCGUUCGAAGGCCCUCGCGUCGCGGUCGAUAAGGACCGUCGUGGCGAGCUCUUCUACUAUGUGCAUCAUCAAAUUAUGGCCAGAUACAACGUCGAGCGUCUGUGCAACAGUCUGCCGCGUUCGCGUCGGCUAGCGAACUGGCGCGAGCCUAUCCCCGAGGCGUACUUUCCUAAGUUGGACUCGAUGGUGGCUGGUCGCGCCUGGCCGGCUCGUCCUGCCGGCUUCGUGCUGUCGGACGUGAAUCGUCCCGGCGAUAACAUGCGCUUCGACAUCUCGGACAUGGAGCGCUACAGGGACCGCAUCAUGGAGGCCAUUCACACGCGCAGCGUGCGCAGUGCCAACGGCAGCCUCGUCCAGCUGGACGAAGUCACGGGCAUCGACGUUCUCGGCAACAUCAUGGAGGCGAGCACGCUCAGUCCCGAUCUCGCCUACUACGGUGACCUGCACAACAUGGGCCACGUGGCUAUCUCCUUCUGCCACGAUCCGGACAACCGCUUCUUGGAGCCGUUCAGCAUCAUGGGCGAUGCCACCACGGCCAUGAGGGAUCCCGCCUUCUACAGAUGGCACGAGUUCAUCGACGGCGUCUUCUAUGAGUUUCUCGACAGUCUGCCGGCCUACAGCGCGCAACAGCUGACUUUCCCGAACGUCACCGUGUCGGACGCUCGCAUCAACAGUCCCGGGGCCAAUCCCAACACGCUCAACACUUACUGGAGCAAGAGCGACGUCGACCUGUCGCGCGGCCUCGACUUCACCCCGCGAGGAUCGAUAAUGGCUCGGCUGACGCAUCUUAAUCACGACGAUUUCUCGUACAGCCUUACCAUUAAUAACUCGACUAAUCAGACCCUGAUUGGCACUGUGCGCGUUUUUUUCGCGGCCAAGUACGACGAGACGGGACGUCACUUAAAUUAUAAUGAGCAGAGACUGCUUAUGAUCGAGAUGGAUAAAUUUACCGCUAGACUGAAUAGAGGCCAGAAUACGAUUAUCCGCAAUUCCAAUGAGUCUUCGGUAACCAUUCCCUUCGAAGCCACCUUCCGCGAUUUAAACACGGACAGACCGAGCCCCAACAAUAUCCAAGCUUUCGACAGAUUCAAUUUCUGUGGAUGCGGCUGGCCACAGCACAUGCUCGUUCCCAAAGGAACCAAGCAGGGAUAUCCGAUGGACAUGUUUAUCAUGGUCUCCAAUUACGAUGUCGACAAGGUUAACCAGCCGGAUCCAACGGGAUGCCGCGACGGAGUCAGUUUCUGCGGAUUGAGAGACCUCAAGUAUCCGGACAAGCGGCCGAUGGGCUAUCCAUUUGAUCGCGUGGCUCGCCCGGGAGUUACUACUUUGAACGAAUUUCUUACUCCAAACAUGAAAGUCCAGCAGAUUACUGUCCGAUUUACCGACACCAUCAAACCUCGCCAGUCGAGCAUUUCUCAAUCGACAUUCAGAUUGUAA